GUACUACGGCUCGUCUCCGUCACCCAGGCCCGGAUCGGGAAGUGUCAAAGUGGGAGCCGGGAGCCCCCGCCUUCGCCGCCGCUACUGCUGAACCCGUACCCUCAUCCCGGCCGGGCCCUACCGCCAUGACGAACGUGUACUCCUUGGACGGGAUUCUGGUGUUUGGUUUGCUCUUUGUUUGCACCUGUGCCUACUUCAAGAAAGUACCUCGUCUCAAAACCUGGCUGCUCUCAGAGAAGAAGGGAGUUUGGGGUGUGUUUUACAAAGGUAAGGUUUUAUCUGGACACAGAGGAGAAAGAGUUCUGUCUUCUAGCUGCUGUGAUUGGGACCCGGCUGCAUGCUGCUGUUGCAAUUGCCUGCAUUGUAAUGGCCUUUUACGUCCUGUUUAUCAAAUGAAUUCCCAAGUAUCCUACUCAUCAACUACCAACCAAGGGGAUAAAGAUGAAGAACUUGCCGGAAACCUGGACUCAGUGUAGGAGAGUUCAGCUAGAAUCAUCAGUGUCCCUAAGAUGACACCACAGCAUCUGUCUGCCAUAUGUGCGGGAACUCAUGGUCACGAACAUUAUUUUUCCUCCAGGGGACUCCAGAAAGCCUUUUCUUGAUCCCUCCGUUAAUCAGCCCUCAGCAGCAAGCAUAUAUCUCCAGAUAAAUCACAUCCCUUGGAUAUAUGAUUAUGUACCUUCUGCUUAAAAAACCUGGGUUCAAUGGUAGAACAUUUGCUUAGCAUUGUCAGGGUCCUGGGUUUGAUCCCCAACACUAAAAAAAAGAAAAAAAGCAAC